CCCAGGCCCGGGCUGGGCUUCCCAAGCGGCGCCGCGUGGCGCGAAGGGUCUGGGGCCCCGCGGCGCCGCUCAGCUCGCCCCUCCUCUGCAACUUUCCCGGUCCGCCACACUCCGCCUGGCGGGAGUCAGCGGGGCAGGGGCCCGGGAGGGCGACGCUAGGAGCCGCGGCGCCCUCGCUGCCUGCGCGAGCCCGCGGGCUUCGCCGGGGCAAGGAGGACGCGGCCCUACCACGUCCCACGCGGCCCGGCCCGGUUGCCCCGCGGCGGCGGCGGCGUGCGAGCCGCGUCCGACCCGAGUGACUGCAGAGACCCCGGGAUCCAAUGAUAGCUGGACAAGUCAGUAAGCCCUUGCUGUCAGUGCGGAGUGAAAUGAAUGCGGAGUUGAGAGGUGAGGACAAGGCUGCUACUUCAGACAGCGAGCUGAAUGAGCCCCUGCUUGCGCCUGCGGAAUCAAAUGACAGCGCGGACACUCCCAGCAAGCUCUUCGGGGCCAGAGGAAACCCGGCACACUCAGACCCAGGCACUCCUGACCAACACCAGGCCAGUCAGACCCACCCCCCAUUCCCGGUUGGGCCACAGCCACUUCUGACAGCCCAGCAGUUAGCAUCCACUGUUGCAGGCGUGAUGCCAGGAGGCACGCCAGCCCUCAACCAGCCUAUCCUCAUCCCCUUCAACAUGGCCGGACAGCUAGGAGGGCAGCAGGGGCUGGUUCUCACACUGCCUACCGCGAAUCUCACCAACAUCCAAGGGCUGGUAGCAGCAGCUGCAGCCGGAGGCAUUAUGACCCUGCCAUUGCAAAACCUACAAGCUACCUCAUCCCUGAGCUCCCAGCUCCAGCAGCUCCAGCAGCUCCAGCAGCUUCAGCCGCCGCCGAGCAGCCAGCACCCGCUGCCCGCCCCGCAGGCGCCCCCGCCGGGCCUGCCCGGCCCGCAGCCCGCGCCGCCCCAGCAGCCGCCCGCCCCCGCGCCGCAGCCCCCGCAGCCUCCGGGCCAGCCCCACCCCCAGGGCCGGAGCCAGCCGUCUCCGACGCAGACGAGCGCCAGCCCCCCUCAGAAACCCAGUCCGCCUCCGGGACACGGCCUCCCGUCGCCGCUCACACCGCCCACUCCUCUGCAGCUGGUUAAUAAUCCACUAGCAAGUCAGGCUGCAGCGGCUGCAGCAGCCAUGGGCUCCAUAGCCAGCUCACAGGCCUUUGGCAAUGCCCUCUCCAGUCUUCAGGGGGUCACGGGCCAACUAGUUACUAAUGCACAAGGACAGAUUAUUGGGACCAUCCCUCUGAUGCCAAAUCCGGGACCAUCAAGCCAGGCAGCAGGCGGCACUCAGGGCCUUCAAGUGCAGCCGAUCACCCCCCAGCUCCUGACAAAUGCUCAGGGCCAGAUCAUUGCCACGGUCAUCGGGAACCAGAUCCUGCCAGUGAUCAACACCCAGGGCAUCACGCUGUCACCCAUCAAGCCUGGCCAGCAGCUCCACCAGCCCUCCCAGACGUCAGUGGGUCAAGCAGCCUCCCAAAGCAACCUUCUGCACUUGGCCCACAGCCAAGCAUCCAUGCCUCAGAGCCCCAUCCGGCAGGCUUCCUCUUCCUCCUCCUCAUCCUCCUCUUCUUCGGCUUUGAGCGUGGGCCAGUUAGUCAGCAAUCCUCAAACGGCAGCGGGUGAGGUGGAUGGGGUAAAUCUGGAGGAGAUCCGAGAAUUUGCCAAAGCUUUUAAAAUCCGGCGCCUGUCCCUUGGCCUGACGCAGACUCAGGUGGGACAGGCCCUCAGUGCUACAGAGGGCCCCGCGUACAGCCAGUCUGCCAUCUGCAGACACACCAUCCUGAGAAGCCACUUUUUCCUACCACAGGAAGCCCAAGAGAACACUCUAGCUAGCAGUCUGACAGCCAAACUGAACCCUGGCCUUUUGUAUCCUGCCAGGUUUGAAAAGCUGGACAUCACUCCUAAAAGUGCCCAGAAGAUCAAGCCGGUGCUUGAGCGGUGGAUGGCUGAGGCUGAGGCCCGCCAUCGAGCCGGUAUGCAGAACCUGACCGAGUUUAUUGGGAGCGAACCGUCCAAAAAGCGCAAGAGGCGCACCUCCUUCACGCCCCAGGCCCUUGAGAUCCUCAAUGCCCACUUUGAGAAGAACACACAUCCCUCUGGGCAGGAAAUGACCGAAAUUGCUGAGAAGCUGAACUAUGACCGGGAAGUAGUUAGAGUUUGGUUCUGCAAUAAGAGGCAAGCCCUGAAGAACACAAUUAAACGCUUAAAACAACACGAGCCCGCCUCGUCAGUCCCUCUGGAGCCCUUAACAGACUCUCUGGAAGAAAACUCCUAAAGAGACGCCCUUCCUGGGUCAGGAGCAAAACCCACAGAAACCUAACUCCGCCCUUGGGACUCCUUGAAAAAGAAGAAGAAGAAAUUAAAAAUCAAACUUAAAAACCACCCCGACCAUCACGUUUGUAAGUAAAAGACUAAACAAACUACCAAGUGGACAGAAUGGUUUAUACAUAUCCGGUGGUUUCCCAAAAAGAAAACAAAAAAAUUUUUUGAACAUUUUUAAACAAAGA